AUGCUGAAAGUUAGUCUAGUGCAAGGUUCAGCCUUGAAGAAGGUGAUAGAGGUCCUAAGGAGUGUGGCAAGGGAAGGGGAAGGUGUCAACUUCGUUUUCUCCUCCAGAGGCUUAUCCCUGCUAGCUGGCAAUCCUUCUGAGAGGGUAAUGAUCUUUGAUUUUUCCUUGGAUGAUGACAUGGUCACUAUAGAAGCCCUUCACGCCGUCGAUUAUGUCAAAUUCAUCUUUCAAAGGCAAAAUCAGGUAUAUGAGAUUAGGAUGAAGAAGAUGAGUAUGGAUCCCGAUUACCAAUUGCAUAUUCUGGAGGCAGAGUACCGCGCCAUUAUUGAGACAGAGACCCCUGCCAUUCUUAAGAUGCCUUCUACUGUGUUUUUAAGAUUUUGUAGUGAACUGACUUCUAUUGGGGACACUGUUACCAUUAAGAUUAUCGAGGGGGCUGCGGAAUUUAGCAGCAAAGGAGAAUUAGGGACUUCAAUUAUAGUCUGUAGGGAGCAGAAUUUUGAUGUCAACAAGACUGAUGGGUUUAUGUCAUGUAUACAGCCUGAGGAAGCAAUUUUUAUAGAGAUGAAUGAGACAGCGAGCCUGACAUUUUCUUUAAUGUUGAUGAAUUCUUUCACUACGGCGGCGCCAUUCACUGAUACAAUAACUGUCAACAUCUUGAAGGACAUGCCUUCUAUGGUUGAGUACAAGAUAGGGGAGAUGGGUUACGCCCGCUUAUAUCUAGGAUAG